AGCGAGAGAGAGAGAGCGAGAGAGAGUGUGAGCAUUUAGUCCUGCCAGCACACGGUAGUGCAACAUCAACGGAAGACGGGAAAAGAAGCUCUGAGCGAGGGACAAGGAAAACAGAGGAAUACACUUCUGAAGAAAAACAAAGAAGGGAUGGAAUAAAAAAUCGCAUCCUACUGCUGUUGGUUAUCCUGUUUCAUCCAAUUUCUGUUGGAGAAUUCCAUAAGCAAAGAAAUAGAGAAAACACAUACAUGUGAUAUAUAUAUACAAUUCCUAUACAUAUAUAUCAAAUUAUGACUGUUUUCACAGAAGCUGCUUUAGGGGAAGGACUGUGUUGAGGUCCCUUACAUAACAAUUGGAAGACUGUUUUAAUGUGCAGCAUUUGGUAAAACUGUUGCAUAUUAAUGCUUUGUCUUUUUUGUCUCAAUGGAAAAAACAAUGCAAUGAUGCAAAUGAACAUGAUAAAAGACCACAAACAACACAAACAGCUUUGCUGCAGUCCCAUUUUUGGAAGCUUCUUGAAAACAAGAUUUUGCAUUGCCUUUUGUUGCCGCCUCUCCAGUUAUUUAGCCCUUGGAACAGGUGGGGGAGUUGAGGCUUGGGUGUGUUGAAUGCAUGGACCGCAUUCCACAGGCUCAGUAAUACCUUCCCGUAUUCACAGCAGUAACGCGGCAGACAACCUGCUCUUUAGUUGUGUCUGAAAGAGAGAGAGGUAAGUGAGGAAGACAGAAGUAAUCAGAGCAAGAAAAACAAACAAAAAAGGCAGCAGAGAGGGAUUAUGGAAAACAAGGGACCAAAACAAAUAAAGCAACUAACGAUUGACUACAGUAAAGAAGUGCGACACUCUACGCAGAAAUGUAAUUACACUGCAUGUUCGCUCAAAAGUGAGCUUCUCAUAAAUUUAGAUUAGGGAGGACUGGACUAGACUCCACAGGCUGGGGGGAUUUUUCAGCACGCUGCCCUUCUCAUUCCCCAAUCCCCUGCUUGGUAGCACUUGUGGGGUUCUAGUUGUCAAGCAGCAGAGCUGUGGUGUGGUGUGGAGCCGAUCCGACAGCACCAAGAGAAACCCACAACAACAGAAAGUGACUGGACCCCCAUCCCUCAAAACCCAUUAAGCCAAACUGACACUGACGGAGCACUGUCGCCUAUGGAUUUGAGUGUGUGUGUGUGUGAGAGGGUGUGUGUGUGAGAAAGGCUGCCUGCCUCAGGUGCUGAGGACCGCUUUUUAAUCUGGACUAAAUCAUCAUGGGAUUUCAGUUUAGAUCUCAUAGGACAAUAUUGAAGAACUGCAGGCUGUGCUUUCGCUAGAGGGGGUGGAAACAAAAAUUAACAUACUUUUUUUCUGGCAUAAUAUAAUAUUGAAGACCAAUUGUAGAAUAGCAUCUAACUGGAAUUGCACAUCUGGAAAGGGAAGGAAUGAGAACAUCAUGAUCUACUGAGCAAAGGGAUCAAAAAUGGAUAUAACAAAAAUAACAAAGAAUCAAAUGAACAUUCAGUUGGAGACCAGGCAGAUGCUAGAGGCAAGAUAAUCUGAGAGGGGAAUAUCAACAACUCCCAUAUUUAUAGAUUAUGACAAGUGGAUUAUCUAGAAGUUCCAGUGCUUUGCAGUCUCCCCCACUUCAGCAUUGAUUAAUGUUUGGCAGGGCAAUUAUCAAAAUCUGUGUGUCCCUCUCCUAAAUGAAGACGUUUACAGAAAGGAUCUUGGAUCUGUGAGGAAUCUGCUUUUCCACUGGCACUGUUGGGAUUCCAACUCUCUCUGGUUUACGGAUUACACCUUCUCUAUUGGGGGGGAAGAUUUGUUUUAAAUGCCAUGUUCCAGUUAAUUUCUGGGUGACACCUCCUAAACUGGAGGUGCUCCAGAUUUCAGGAUUUUGGAUCACGUCUGCUGUUGACAUUUGGCAGAAAAGGGCGGUAUUUUCGCAACGCUGCCAGGACUGUGUGUCCGAGUCUGGGACUGAAUCACUGGGCACUCAUUCGUGAGGAGCAGGUUGAGAUUCGAGGUUGAUUUUUUUUCACUUACUUGCUCAUCCCCUUUCUUGAUGGCAAUUUAUUACUUCACACUGAGCCUCCUGUAACUGUGUGCCAUAAUAACUCUCAGCAAGGUAAUUGAAAGCUCUUAUUCUUUCAGGCAGUUGCUGUGAAUAUAGGCUAAUCCAUUUCAAAUCUCUAGUGUGUGAAAUACCUAAAAGGCUAUUUUUCCAUGUCAGUUUUUUUGGGCCAGUAAGAAGCCUGCAUUUCUGAAGUUGGUGUUUAUUGGCCUGCACCAGCUUUGAGACACUUCAGCAACUGAAUAGAAGCAGCAUCCACGGGUAUCCAACAUGGCUGCCCAUUCUGUGCUUAUCUGCCUCGCCUUCAGCUUUCUGCUGGGCUUCACUUCACUGGGCCAGAACUCUAGGCAGGCUGGGGCCGAUGCCCAGGCCACCAACCAGACGGCAUCCCCCUCUGAUUCUCCGGAGGCUACGCUGGCCACGCCGGAAGACCAGACCAUCCCAAUGAUAGGCAGCCGCUGCCGGGGCUACUACGACGUCAUGGGCCAGUGGGACCCGCCGUUCAAUUGCAACGCGGGCGUCUACCUGUUCUGCUGCGGCUCCUGCUUUUACCGCUUCUGCUGCCAGUUCAAGGUGCACAGCCUGGAGCAGGAGUCCUGCUCCAACUACGACACGCCCGUCUGGGCCAACACCGGCAAGCCGGCGGCCCCCGUCACUGAGGUGCAGGAGGAGCCCGACCGAGACCGCACCCACAUGAUCGUCUACAUUAUCUGUGGCGUGGUGGCCAUCAUGGUGCUGGUGGGCAUCUUCACCAAGCUGGGCCUGGAGAAGAGCAGAGGCGGCCAGACAGACAUGACCAACUCUAGGGCCUUGACAGAGUUGUUGAAGCAGCCCGGAGAGGUAGGCGGAGUGGACGGGACCGGGGGUCACCGCCCCAUAGGGACCAAUGGGAUCUCUGGCAGGUCACUGCGCAGCAACAAUGAUCACAACCACCUGAAUAACGCUGCCCUCUCACCCCUGGGUCCAGCGAUGGCGCUCUCCCACCCUCACAACAACCUUGGUCUGGGCUUUAACAAGUGCACCUCCCUCAAGGCUGUGGGGGUUUGGCCACUGGAUAACAGAGCUCUUACUGUAUCUGAACAAAGGAGGACAUUGUUGAGGUCUCUGGGGGUACCAGCAGAUACGGCAGUAAGAGACUACUACAAGGGCUACCCCAUGGUGGACUACUCCCGCCAUCACUCCUCGCCCCCCACCUUCCAGCCCAUCGCCUUUCACAAGGACAAGCCCUUCCUGCCCCCUCCAGACAUCCACGCCCCACUGGCCAUAACCAUCACCGCCGCCCAGCUCCCCAAGCCCAAGACCAACACCCACCCACUUACCUCCAGCUCGGCCUUCAAAGUCUGGGACCCCAGUAAGGGCCAUGUCCAGCAUCCAACGGCCUCCCACAUCGGGCAGGCACAGCAGCAGCAUCCGCAGCAUCCGCAGCAUCCGCAACAUCCGCAGCAUCAGCAGCAUCCGCAACAUCAACAACAUCAACAACAUCAACAGCAGCUACAUCAACAGCCCAACAGCCGCCGGCAGGCCUACUCCAACAAGCGGCAGUUCAGCAUUGAGACGCUCCCGGAGCUCUUCUCCCAGCCCCUGGGCUAUGGACAGUCGCCCCACAUGCACCCCAAAAACAAGGGGCUGCCCACCAACAGCAAGACAGAGGUCACAGUCUGAGCAUGGACGUUUGAAGAGCAGGAGAGCAAGAGAAGAGUGUAUAGGACUGGGAGGAAGGCCUGGGUGCGUAAGCUUUUUGUACGAAUCAAUGUCGUGUCGAUGGCUAGGGGGACGAACAGGAACAAGCAAUCUACUUUUGCUAUUUUAAUUCCAGGUUUUCUUCGUUAUUGAUCAUGUAUAUGUAACACCCAAAACGGACCUAGACCUGGUUCCUCUAAGUUCCCUCUCUGUCCCAGCAUCCUCCCUGUUUUGUUUUGGUCAAUCUCCUCUUUGCUCCCCCUGGCACCACUACUCUACAAACCCCCACCCCCCACACACUCACACACUCUCCUACUGUUAGCAGCCUGUCAGAGUGGCACACAUGGGUAAAGCACCCCCAGGACCCUUAACAACAGCAGGGACAAUGCCAUUGUCUUGUCAGAAGGAGAGGGAGAGAGAGAAGGAGAGGGAGAGAGAGAAAGAGAGGGAGAGAGAGAAAGAGAGGGAGAGAGAG